AAACUAACCUUAGCAGUGUGGUGAGACAGGUUGCUUACAAUGGAUACGGCCGCAUGACGAACCCAGCCAUUGAUGAAUCAAUUGCAGGCCUCCAGAGUUUUGUAAUUCUUUAGUUGGUCCACGGUAUAAGCGCUUGUCGAGAAGAGGAGAUAGUUGACGAUGUCUGGAUAGGUUACCGACGCCCACAGUUUUGUGCCCCUUUUGUGUUUCUCCAAGGCAUAUGGGUCGAUAAUGUCGAUCAAAGCACACUUCUUCUCGAACCGGUUUCUUUUAACAUCUAAUGAGCCUUGAUAAGUUUCCAAAGUCUUUUUAGCCAUCAUGCGUCACUUUUAACAGUCGUACGAACAUUUGUGUAACUCCGGUCUAUAUGCAAAAGCAUUAGAGUGAACAGCGUGUCAGUAUAGUGAACCCAUCCAACACGGCCAGGUGCCCCGGAUGGAGUCACGUGGUCGAAAACAGUCUAUACUAUCCUGACAAUCAAACAAAACUCAGCAUUAUUGUUGCAGAGGGACAACGGGCAGAUUUUCGCUUCCAACUCAGGGGUUUCCUUGCCAGCGCAUCAAGGGCUUAUACAAGGCGAGUUCCCACGCACGGCGUCGAGAUGUGCUGCGCCUCCAGCCGCGGACAACUCCCCCGGGCUGAAUAUUAACCACCCAGGAUCCGUGCGCAUCGACCGGCUCACCCUCGCCGGUUCCGAGACCCCGCACGUCAGUCAUCUCCCAUCUGCGUUCCCGGACGACUGACCGAGAAGGUGGGAGGUUGCUCUGGAUUGUCAGAAUGUGUUAGCGGUGCCGUGACUGACGGGGCGUCGAGCAGCACCUCGGAUCGCUGGGUGCCCAACGACGGGCAGAGAAGCAUGCACGCCGGGGGCAGUCGGACCAUGCAGCCAGGGCCUGGCCCCGGUUCUGCUCCGGACCUGACAGAUGAAGAAAAAGAAAUUAUAAACGGUGUGAUUGCACGCGCUGAGAAAAUGGAGGCCCUGGAGCAAGAGAGGAUCGGGCGCUUAAUAAACCGCCUGGACGACAUGAAGAAGACCGUUUGUGGUGAUGGGCUGUCCCGAUGUGUGCUGUGUGGGGAGCAGCUGGGCACACCUGGGGUCAGCUCAGUGGUGUGCGAGGACUGCAAAAAGAACAUGUGUACUAAAUGCGGUACCCAGUGCGGUAGCCGACCCCGUGCUGUGUGGCUGUGCAAGAUCUGCAGGGAACAGCGAGAGGUGUGGAAAAGGUCUGGUGCCUGGUUCUUUAAAGGGUUCCCCAAACAAUUCCUUCCUGCACCCAUGCCAUUGUCGAAGCCGAAAGAGCAACGCGGCCAGGAAGGAACCUCCAAACCCAGCCAGGAGGCAACUGCGCCUCAACAAGUUGGUCAGGGUCAGCCUCCUGCAGCCGACAACCAAGUUUCAUCUCAACCAGGAACAGAGCUGAAGGGCCGCGCCGGCUACCCACCUGUGGCCCCGAAGCCAACAGCUGUUCGCAUGGCCACGGGCAGCGCUGACCCUGAAGAGGCAGAGCAGGGAAGCCCGGUGGUGAUGAAGAGGAUGGUGCCCGUUCAAAGCUCCAGACCGCCGCACGCUGCGACGCCUUCUACGGCUCCGCAGGGACGUGAAGGAGGCGCUUACUCUUCUGGCGCGAUCCCGUCAGAACAGAGAGUGCCUCCUGCUGUACGAGAGGACAGAAGGCAGCCCGCCGCUUACGGUGCUCCUCCUGGCCGAAAUCAACCUCUGCCCGCUGCGCACCAAGAGGAGGCCGACGACUACGACUCCGAUGAAGCCACCACUCUGGGCUCUCUGGAAUUUAGUCUGAUGUAUGAUCAGGACAGCAACAGCCUCCAUUGCAGCAUCCUCAAAGCAAAGGGCUUGAAACCUAUGGAUUCAAAUGGACUUGCCGAUCCUUACGUCAAGCUUCAUUUGCUGCCAGGGGCUAGCAAGUCAACAAAGCUGCGCACAAAGACCCUGAGGAACACCCGGAACCCCGCUUGGAAUGAGACGCUCACCUACCACGGUCUGACGGAUGAUGACAUGCAGCGCAAGACCCUGAGGCUCUCCGUCUGUGACGAGGACAAGUUUGGCCACAACGAGUUUAUCGGCGAGACCCGAGUGGCGCUGAAGAAACUGAAGAUGAAUCAGAAGAAAAAUUUUAACGUGUUUCUGGAGAGGGUUGUUCCGACAAAGAGAACAGCGACAGCAGGUGGAACUCGAGGCAUUUCCCUCUAUGAAGAUGAGUCUGCAAAAGAUGGCGGCGAGGUAGAGGAACGCGGUCGCAUUCUCAUCUCCCUCAUGUACAGCACCCAGCAGAACCGCCUCCUCGUCGGCGUGGUGCGCUGCGUUCAUUUGGCUGCCAUGGAUGCCAACGGAUAUUCGGACCCGUACGUCAAAAUAGUUCUGAAACCGGACAUGGGGAAGAAGGGCAAGUGCAAAACUCAGAUCAAGAAAAGGACUUUAAAUCCAGAAUUUAAUGAGGAAUUCAGCUUCGAUAUUAAACACAGCGAACUGGCGAAGAAGACUUUAGACGUCUCCGUGUGGGAUUACGAUAUCGGGAAAUCCAACGACUACAUUGGUGGCUGUCAGCUGGGCAUCACCGCCAAGGGCGAGAGGCUAAAACACUGGUACGAGUGUUUGAAGAACAAAGACAAGCGGAUCGAGCGCUGGCACACCUUGAUGAAUGAGAAUCAUACCGCGAGUGAUUAACUACCUGUUCCACGCACAGCAUGAGCGAAAACCUCCUCCACCCUCUUGAUCUGCAUUCCCCUCCCCGUGCACCUUUUAUACAUAUAUACUAUAUUGCCUUGUUUUAUCAUGCGUUAUAUUUCAUCAUCUUUAUUUUUCUUUUCUCUACCUGUGCCGACUUAAGCUGCCUCUGAGCCUCCCACUAUAUAGACAAAAGUAUCCACACGCGCAUCUCGAAUCACUGCACGAAUCCAUCAGGAGUCGGACUAAAUCCCUUUCCUCUCCUUCAAUCGAAUAUAGAUAAUUCUAUAAUUCCAACGUUGUGGAAACGGUUUGGGAAAGGCAAUAUUCCGUUCCAGAAAAGUCCAUAACUACAUGGUUGGAUGAGUUUUGUGUGGAAUAACCUGCACGAUCCUGCCAAACACUUUUUGGAACAGACCGAGCAAGCCAUCAGGCUUUUGCUCAUGUCAGACAUUACUGUAUAAAUCUCUGACCUGGCGGAUGGCCUUUGGGACGAAUGAACAAAAAAAGAAUCUUGCAAAAACACAUUCCAAUAUGACCAGAAAAGCGGAAGUUGUUUUAACUUCCAAGCGGAACAAACCCAAUUCUAUUUUCUUUCAUUUUUCACUUUAGGCGCUGUGAUCAGGCGCCCAUAUGAUUUUUUUUCUAUAUAGUGUUCAAUGGUUGAGAUAAAGGCUAUUUAUGAAUUAAAAACAAACUCCAGGGUAAAAAUAAAAAUUAAAAAAAAAAAAUCUCAGUCCACACCUGUGGGUCCCCCCCCCCCCAAAAAAAAAUGCAUUUGCUGGCUGUCAGGCACAUGCCAAAUAAACAUGCGUCGUUAUAACUCCAAGCCGUGUGUAUCAGUGGCUUUCAAACUGGUGGGUGCGUCCCGGCGUGUUUCAGUUCCUUCCCGCUUGACACCUUUUCUAUCCCCCCCCCAAUUCCAAUUUCUAGCGCUAUCAGCUGCACUCGCUUUUACAAUUUUCAGUCCUAGCACCCCGCCCAACCUCCCCAUUGGCACACCCCAAAAAGUUUGAAAGCCACUGCCAUAAGCCAAGCUAAAGUACAGAAAUUCGAGGAAGAGGGGGAGUCGUACACGCUGUCCCAAAGUAGAGCUACAUUUCAUCUUCAUUAUCCAAAAAGUCAAUUUUCAGUGACGUUCUGUACAACGUAGAUAAAAUGCCGUAGAUUCUGCAAAACCGCCUGGACUCGGCCAACAAUUUCGUUCAUGUACUCGACACAAAGAGUUGCACAAUUGUACAGUGUUGCGGUGAGCCUGAGACAUUGUUGCUUCAUAGGCGUUGAACCAAAAAAAAAAAGCAAUAUGUUUGUAGCACCCGCGCUCACAAUCAUUACUGAGGCUCCUAAAGGCAGAGCGCUCAUGCCUAAAAGUUCGCAAAUGUCUAGCGUGUUCCCGUUAAGAUCUCGUGUGAUUUAGUCACACGGCGGGAGUGUAACACUUGAACUGUACGAGCAUGUCAGACAAUACUGAACAUAAUGUAUAUAACCAUGAAGAAAUGUUUACAUACUGACGAUACAUUGCUCAGGUUAGGAUAGCAUAGAAAUAUGACGCAUAGAUGACUCAUAAGUAUUUGGAUCGUUCACCCGUUGAUGUUAAUUUGUGAUUAGAGCACAUGAAGGUAAAUAUUAGGCGUAUAUGUGGUUCUUUCGUUUGUAUUAUUUAAAAGGGGAAAUCCACUGGUUUGCAUUAACAAUGUAUCCAAUAGGUCAUGUAAUAUGUACUCUAUUUUGACAAUGUGGUGUUAAAUCCUCUCUCGUUUAACAGUGUUUUGAGAAGAUUUUUAUCGACAAUUUCAAAUUUUCAGGGGCGCUGCCGCGACAAAGGCUCGAUUACAUGG